UGAUCAGUGCACGAAUUUGUUUGCUGAAAAACUACUACUAUUAUUAUUGUUACUAUUAUAUCACCGUCGUAAUCGUAAAACGCUAUCACCAUGAACGGAAAAAUUGUCUUGUGUUUCGCGAUCGUCUUUGUUGGACAGGCCAUGUCAGCCGCAACUGGUCCAGCACUUGAUACCGAAGACAUUAAAAAAGUUGCUGAUCAAAUGACACAAUCUUUUAUGUCUAUUACUAAUCACUUUAUGGGAAUUUACCCUAACUCUGCCGAUGCCCAAAAAUCCGUCGAUAAAGUUAAAGCUCUGAUAUCUAAAGGAUUUAAUGACAUUGAAACUGAAGCUAACAAAAUGAAGGAUAUCGUUCGCAAAAACGCUGACCCGAAAUUGGUUGAAAAAUACGACGAAUUAGAAAAGGAAUUCAAAAAACAAAUCAAUGAUGCCAAAGUAAUAUUCGACGACAAAGUCGGCAAGCCCCUUAACGAAAAAGUAGAUGUAAAGAGAAUCACUGAAACAAUUCUUAAAUCUACUAAAGAAUUAGAAGCUACCGUGAACAAGGCCAUCGACGGAAUCAAGAAACCAUGAACAUUU